AUGUGGCAUGGGUGGGGGAAGGGAUUGAAGAAGGAGGAGGCAGCGACAACAGUGUUUUAUCUCAAAAAUUAUAUAGGUCAUGAUAAUUCUGACGUUGCUGUUAAGAGGGUGUCAGGGGAGUCCAAACAAGGCCUAAAAGAGUACGCAUCGGAAGUGAAAAUCAUCAGCCAGUUGAUGCACAGGAACUUUGUGCAGCUCAUGGGUUGUUACCACGAUAAAGGCGACCUCUUGCUAGUUUACGAGUUCAUACCUAAUGGAAGCCUAGACUCUCAUUUAUUCAAGGCGAAAAGUUUGUUAGCUUGGGAUAUAAGGUACACAAUCACGCAGGGCCUAGCCUCAGCUUUGUUCUAUUUACAUGAAGAAUGGGAGCAGUGUGUGGUGCAUAGGGACAUAAAAUCGAGCAACGUGAUGUUGGAUUCAAAUUUCAAUGCCAAAUUGGGAGAUUUCGGGCUAUCUAGGCUGGUUGACCAUGAGGAAUAGGUCGAGACCACCAUUGUGGCAUGGACUAGAGGUUACAUGGCUCCAGAGUGUGUUAUAAUGGGAAAAUCUAGUGAGGAAUUAAAUGUCUACAGUUUUGGAGUUGUGGCAAUGGAAAUA